AUAACAGAUUAAUUUUUGAUAGCUAUCGAUAGACGUAUUACGAGCUUGAGCUUCCUAACUUCUGUUUAAACUUAAAAUUUUGAUGUAAAGAGUAAUUUAAACUUUUUUAAUUUGUUUGUUUUACUUCAACUGUGUAUGGAAGACUCUAGUUAAAAAUUCAACUUCAAUAAGUUUUGUGUUAUGAUCAGCCUUUACUUGCUUUGAAGUAUUGAAUAAACAAAGACUUUAAUCAUGUCAGAGAGUGUAGAAGUUCAAAUUGAAGAUCAGGAAUUCCAAUUGGAACCUGACAAUGAACUAAGGUUUGAAGUCGAAAACAAAAAUGAAACAGUUGUGUUAGAAUUGAAAACUGGACUAGCAGAAAUUUUUGGAACAGAAUUAGUGAAAGGCAAAUCGUAUACAUUUUAUUUUGGUGCAAAAAUUGCAGUGUUUACAUGGCAAGGGUGUUCAUUAAAAUUACGAGGAAAAAAAGGAAUUAGUUAUAUAUCCAAAGAGACCCCUAUGAUGUUUUAUUUAAAUUGCCAUGCAUCAUUAGAACAACUCAGAGUAAAAUCAGAAAAAGAAAAGAUAAGAGGUCCUGUUACAAUGGUGGUCGGUCCAACUGAUGUGGGUAAAUCUACUCUUUGUAGAAUAUUACUGAACUACAGUGCACGAAUGAAUGCUCUUGGUCGUAGACCAAUCUAUGUUGACUUGGAUCCGGGUCAGGGACAAAUAUCAGUUCCAGGAACAAUUGGAGCAGUCAUGGUAGAAAGACCAGCUGAAGUAGAAGAAAGUUUCUCUCAAGCAGCUCCACUAGUCUAUCAUUAUGGGCAUACAAACAUGAGUAUUAAUUCAACUUUGUACAACACUCUAAUAUCUCGUAUGGCAGAAGUUAUUCAUCAACGAAUGGAUGAAAAUCCUAGAAUUAACUGUUCUGGAUUAAUAAUCAACACAUGCGGUUGGGUAAAAGGCAAAGGUUACCAGCAUUUGACUCAUAUUGCACUUGCUUUUGAAGUUGAUGUUAUUCUUGUGCUUGAUCAAGAACGAUUAUACAACGAACUUGUGAGAGAUAUGCCAGUAUUUGUCAAAGUUGUUCUUUUACCAAAAAGUGGUGGAGUAGUUGAAAGGAGUAAUAAGUUUAGAUUGGAAGGUAGAGAGGCACGGAUUCGAGAGUUCUUUUACGGUACUCCUAGAAAUGUACUACAUCCACACACCUGUGAAGUUAGGUUUUCCGACAUAAAAGUAUACAGAAUUGGAGCACCACCUAUUCCUAAUACAUUGAUGCCAUUAGACAUGCAAAAAACUGAUUUAGAGACAAAACUUGAACCUGUUACUCCAGGGCCAAAUAUGAUGCAUCAUGUGUUAGCUCUGAGUUUCAGUACAAUGGUAGAAGAAGACGUUGUUAGGACUAGUGUUGCUGGUUUUGUCUGUGUAACAAAUGUUGACACCUCACGACAAAUGUUAACUCUAUUAUCACCUCAACCAAAACCUCUGCCCGAAACAAUUUACCUCAUGUCAGAUGUGCAGUUCAUGGACAACAAUGCUUGAAGCUGUGUGUUUGAAAAGAGCUAGAAAAAGUAUUUUGUGUGUUAAAUAUAGAUACUGCCCAUAAUUAUUUUUUUAAUACAUAAUAUAUUUUUUUUUUUACUUUAAGAAUAAUUGACAAAUAUCUUGUGAGUAACAUAAUGUAUAUAUUUAUAUUAGAUGUAAUUCAUGAGCUGAAGUUUUGUAUUUCAUUAGUAUUAAAAAGACUUAUUGGUAAUAUUACGAAUAUUUGCACUAGUCACUAGUGUCAUUACAUGUUUAUUUGAAAUAAAGUUCAGUAACAUACAAA